AUGAAUACAUUACCGUGUUUACUUCCCGUCUGAACGAGCUGCACACUUCCUCUCCAACCUCUGCAGACCGCGGACCAACAGGCCAAGGGCUAGCUGACAUUCCACCUUCGUUUUUUUCUGACGUGACGUGACCAAAUCUACCAGCGAGGAUGAGCGACAAACCAGACGUUUCUGAGGUGACCUCAUUUGACUCUUCCAAGCUGAAACAUGUGGAGACUGAAGAGAAGAACCCUCUGCCUACAGAAGAUACCAUUAACUUGGAGAAAGCUGCAGAGCGAUCCUCUAAGAUCCUGGAGGGACUGGAUCCAUCCAAGUUGAAGCAUGCAGAGACCAACGUCAAGGGAAUGAAGCCUGAUGCUGAGGACAUGCACCAAGAUAGGGCUGCCCUGACAGCAGCGGCGGUGUCUGGGUUUGACAAAAGCAAACUGAAACAUGCAGAAACUACGGAGAAAAACACUCUCCCAACUAAAGAACAAAUCGCGGAGGAGAAGCAGAACUAAGGCCCCAUCAAAACUACAGGGCUGCAUCCUCCAAGUUUCUAACAUUUUGUAGUCCAGUACUUUUCUACAAUUCCUAGAUUAGGUACAUUAGGUCAAGUUAAUCUUACUAGCUUAUCCUGGAGCGCAUCUCCGAGCAAGGGGAUUGGAAAUUUUCGACUAAUUUUGGUACAGGUGAUUCUGCUUUUUGGUGAUAAAUUUUAAGGCUUUGGACUAACUUCAGGGGUUAACCACUGACUUUUUUUUCUGUUUUCACUGACGUGCUCUUUAGAUCAAUUUUAAGGAUUUUGUUUUUCAAAGCUAAUGAUUCCAGAAAGUUAAAUAUGGCACGUAGGAUAGAUGCUAGAGAAUACUACCAGGUUCUUGACUUGCCAUUCCUAAAAAGGUAACUACAGCAGUUAUGGUUUAACAAGAACAGGAAUAAUUGUUUCCCACUGCGAGAUGAUGUUUUUCUCAGGAUGACAGACUUCACUGGAGUGCAAAAAUGGUUUAUGAGCAAGUCUGUUGAAAGGAGCAAAGUCAUGAAGUUGUGCUGUAUCAUCAUUCUCACUUUGGUGAUGCCAACGAUUUGUUUACCCCUUGUACUCCUGUAACCAUUCCAGCAGAAUUACAGAGGUAGAAUCAUUGUUAGGAGAAUAAUAUAGAGCUUUUGGCUGAGAUUUGCUCAAUUAACAUUCCCUUAAUCAAGAAUGACUUGAAAGACUACUGCUUGUUACAGCAUAAGUUAGACUCUUCACCAAACAGGUAAUCCUUCAUGACUUCAAUGGAGUAAAAAAAAAAUCCACUCAACUUUUGUCUUAGCUUGAGUCUCAGCCUUGUUAGCUCCCGUCCGCUCCCCGCCAACAAGAGCGGAUCUUGGGGAGCGGACGAAAGCUAACAAGGCUGACACUCAGCCUACUACUGUCUGCAACCAUAAGACAAAAAAUCUGCUAAGCAAAGAUUACUGGUAUGAUUAGUGUUACCUUUCUGUUCCUCAAAGGUUUGAAACAGAAUCUAUGGCAAACUAGAGCUGAUGAGCUUUGUUCAGUUUUAUACGAUAACAUUAGAUUGUAAAUGCAGCAUUAUAAAAGCAUUCCAGUAAUCAUGAGACAAGUAGCUGUGCAAGGAUAUGCAAGGUUAAGCUUAUGAGGUAGUGGCAGAACUUUCUUAUGCCUAAAAGGCUUAGCUAGAAAAAAAUGAGUACGCCUUGAGAGCGUCAAUUGCACAGGAAGUAACAGCCAGUUUGACUGGGCAUAGUCUAGAACAUCUUGUAGUAAAUUGGUUAUGACUUGGCAGUGAAAAUCUCUCAAUGGCUGAUCUUGUGAUUAUGAAAUGAUGUUAGAGGCUGCUU